AUGCCUGCUGCCAUCAACACUGCUCUGGAUGGAGACAACUUAGAUAAGAUAGUAACAGAAUGUGGGAAACAAAACAGAGAAAUGCAGAUACUUACCUGUUUCUCCGGGAUGCCUGAAGACAUUGUAAAGAACUUUCCUCACACUAAACGUGUGGGAAAUUAUCUUGUUGGCAGAAUGAUCAACAAAGGAUCUUUUGCAAAAGUAAUGGAAGGAAUGCACAUUCCUACAGGACAAAAGGUGGCUAUAAAAGUGAUUGACAAAAAGAAGGCCAAACAAGAUUCGUAUGUUUUAAAGAACAUGAAGAGGGAGCCACGUAUACACCAGAUGGUUAAACACCCAAACAUUGUGCAGCUUUAUGAAACCCUAGAGACAGAAAACUCCUUUUAUAUGGUGAUGGAACUAUGUGAAGGUGGAGAUUUGAUGGAUAGAAUUUGUGACAAAAAGAAAUUAGAAGAAAAAGAAGUAAGAAGAAAUGCGAGGCAGAUUAUGUCAGCAGUGGAACACUUACAUCGCCAUGGAAUAGUUCAUAGGGACCUGAAAAUAGAAAAUUUCCUGUUAGACGAAAAUGGCAACGUUAAAAUUGUUGAUUUGGGUUUAAGCAACACCAUAAAGUGUGAAGGCCUUUCGCAAGACCUACUUAACACUCAAUGUGGAAGUCCUGCAUAUGCAGCACCCGAACUAUUAGCCAAUAAAAAAUAUGGCCCAAAGGUGGAUGUCUGGUCCAUAGGAGUGAGCAUUUAUGCAAUGCUGACGGGAACGCUUCCUUUUACUGUGGAGCCAUUUAACAUUAAGCAGCUACAUCAGAAAAUGGUGAAUCUGGAAAUCAACCCGAUUCCACGUAGUGUUUCAACGGGUGCUAUUCGAUUCAUCCACACUCUCCUGGAGCCAGACCCUUCCAAACGUCCAACUGUGAAGGAAGCCAUGGACAACAAAUGGCUAAAUGAUGGGUUUCUGCGAAAACGUCUUAGUUCUAUAUCGUACAAAAAUCGGCUUCGUCCAGAUGAACUACAUUCUGCUGUUCUGAGCCAUAUGGUCUGCACCAUGGAUAUAGAAAUAUCCAAAAUUACACAUCUGGUGGUAAACAAUAAACCUUCACCAAUUGUGGCUUCUUAUUAUCUGCUCCUUAAGAAAAUUCUAAAGAAACCAAGUAAAUAUUGGUUAUUCAAGAAUGGAGAAAUGGUUGACUACCACAGCAGUGACCAAAUAAGGUGCACAAAUAAUCAGAAUGAUUUUCAGUUUAAAGAACAAACUAAGCAAAAUGAAAACAAAGCACUUGAAAACAAAAAGAGUCAUCUUUUGAACGAAACUGUUCAAGAAGAUGAAAUCGCUAUUACGUUAGAUAAUCAAGAAAAUGUCUUGAAAGCUUCAAAAUUUGCAGGGAGAGAAAUGGUUUACUUGGAGCCCCCAGAUUCAUCAAAGCAAGAGAAGUUGGGUGCCAGUGCAAGAUUAACUCCCUUGAGUAAUAAAGAUUUAAAUCAGCAAGAACAACAUCAUCAAGAAAACACCAGACACUUUGCAGAACAGGAAACUUCCACUCAAAGUAAAGUAAACCAGUCUGCCAAAUUUCAAACGCAACAAACAUUUAACCCAUCAGUUUCACACAUUGAGAAGGCAAUGACAAUGCCUCUUAAUAGACAAGUUGAUGACAUACCUCCGUUCUCAAAACAAAGCCCAAAUCUCAGAGAUCUCAUAUCAGCAGAUGGUAAUAAUCCAAAUGACUGCCAUCAACAUCAAGAUGGAGAAAACCACCAUCUACUAAUAUAUGAAGCAACACACCAGUCAACGCUACCAAAACUUAGGCAACCUGCUCCUAGAGAGACUUUUACUAAAAGAAUUUCUUGGGUUACAUCAUCACAGCAUGCAAAAAGUGGAUCUACCCCAAUUAUUAUCCAUGGCACAAGGCCACCUCUUUUCCCAAUGUCCCGACAAAAAACUAUAAUGGUAAAAAGCUUAGGACAUUCAAAAGAGAAGCCACACUUGACUAUGGAUAAUAUUAAAGCCAAGAGGAACAUGAUUCAGCUGUCACCAGCUCAUAAGACUACAAAUGUAAACCUCCCAUUAUUGUUACCCAAUUAUCAGAAAAGGUUAGACAGAAAAAAGAAUAUUUUAAAAUUAGAAAUUGCAUAGCAUAUUACUCUUCAUAAUUUA